AUGACCACAAUUAUAGAGCAUGAGGAGGAAUGUUUUGAUGAUGGUAAAACUGUGGAAAACAUCAACCUUACAGGAUUAGAUAAUGACACAGAAACUCAGAUGGAUGAGGAUAAAAUUGAGCCAGAGACUAACAAUGAUGAAGUGAACAGUGAGCUACAACAGAACAAUGAGGAUAUGGAGUGUGAGUCUGAUCAAGAGGAAGACUUUGAUGACUUUGAAGGCCAUGAGCACUCUUCACCAGUUUGGGGAGGAGGUGAUUUCAGAGAGUACUCCAUGCAGCUGAACGCAUCUCGGAUUAAGGUCCUUCAAGCGCAAGAUGAUUUAGUUAACUCCAUGAAAGAAGAAGCAGCCAAAGAGCUGCUCCGUGUCAGUGGUGACCAUCAUCAUUAUAAAAGGCUUUUGAAAGAGCUCGUUGUUCAGAGUUUGCUUAGAUUGAGAGAACCUGGUGUCUUGUUGCGCUGCCGAGAGGAUGGUGUGCACCUGGUGGAGCAUGUUCUCAAUUCAGCUAAUGAAGAAUAUGCUGAGAAAGCAGAAGUAGACACUCCUGAGGUUAUUGUUGAUAGCAUCCAUCUCCCAGCAGGUCCUAUUCAUCACAAGGCACAUGGUCUUCAUUGCUCUGGAGGUGUCGUUCUGGCUUCUCGAGAUGGCAAAAUUGUGUUUGAGAACACUCUUGAUGCAAGAUUGGAGGUCGCAUUCAGGAAGAAACUUCCUCAGGAGUAG